CCCCAUCUGCUUUUUUCGCGAAAACCAACGAUAAAUAGCGUUUUUUAGUUCAGGGCGUACGAAAACACAAGGGAGAAAUAUAUAUAUAUAUAAUAAAAAGAGGCCAUGACAGAGCUGUGCCAUGGAAAACCGAUUGUGCGGCUGCCCAAGAAGCGGGGAAGCAUGAUGACAACGGAUCGUAUUGCCAUGACGACUAAACAAGGACAACAACCGCCGCCGCUUCGCGAGGCAUUGGUGUCGGACAGGCUCUACACGGAAGGAAUUCCGUCGACGGUAUCGGAGAAUGAUAUUAUGGACCUGGUGCAGAGCUGUGACCCGGUAGAGGUUAGGCUCAAUCGCUUAGACGGAACGGGCUACAUUCAGUUUCCAUCCAUUGAUAAAGCUGACCGAGCGUACACUUUGUUCAACGACGCCACUCUAAAGAACCAAGUAUCCUUUCAGCUAAAGAUCGCACCGCCGGGUGACUAUCAGGAACCAGAAGCCACGUCCGGGAUAUAUCAGAUACGGAACCUCCCACUGGGCACCACGAACCUCCUGCUGUAUGAGUUUUUCCGUCCGUUUGGGCCCAUGAAUCUGUGCAAGAUCAUUAUGGAUCAAGGCAAGGGAUUCAAGGGCACCGCACUUGUUCAGUAUUUCGAUGCAAACGACGCAGAAAUGGCAGUGAAAACAAUGAACAACAAAAAUAUCCAAGGCCACACCAUCAACGUCUUUCCAUUUGUGUCAAAGAAAGGGCGGCCCCACUCUUCAGAAGUCAUGACGCUUCUUCACCAGCAACCACUACAACAACAACCACUCGCACCUUCUCCUACCAAGGCACUGAAUGGCAGCAGCAAUGGCAGCGGCACCGGUGGUAACAACGGGAGCACGGUGGACUACACCAAUCUGUACAUCAAAAACCUGGAUCUGCAGGUCAGAAGCUGCGACCUGUUCAAACACUUUCGACAGUACGGACACAUCAUUUCGGCCCGGGUGAUGAGGAACCCGGAGACGGAUCAAUCAAAGGGAUUCGGAUUUGUCAGCUUUGGCAGGGCCGAGGAGGCACAGCGGGCACGAGAGGAGAUGAACAACAAGUACAUCCUGUCGAAGCCUAUCAUUGUUGCAUUCCACGAGCCUAAAAAACCGCGAACCGAGAAAAACGGCCGGUCGCAUGACAUGGUCAGGCGCUUCUCCACACCAGGCAUCCCUGCGCAUCCGCCACCGCCUUAUGUCCCCGUCGCUCCCACCAUACCCGAGUACAUUGACUACUCCAAACCAUCGCCCCAGCCUGGUGCAGCACCGCCGCCGCCGUUAGCACCAUCAUCACGACGGCCGCUCACCACCACAACGACCCAUGUGAACGCGGUCGUCACUGAAAAGUUCCCUGGCAUCAAGAAACGCCAUUCCACAAUGACGCACAUCCCUCCUGUUUCUGCUGCUGUCACCCCAACAGCUGCAGUACACACCAGCAGUCUCUUUGCACAGCAUCCACAACCCCACUAUACCAAUAAUCACUAUCAACAGCAGCAUCAUCAUCAUCAUCAUAACCCACACCAGCAUCCUUUCCAAAAACAACAAACAAAGCCGCCUCCGGCGCCGACGCUACGCCGUCGUAGCUCCAAUGAAUCGGCAUCCAGUGCCAUGACCGAAGCAACACCAGGCCUACAAAAGCAACGCAUGACAGACGCUGUGAUCCGUAUCGGCAUCAAACACAACGUCGAGGACAUUGUGUUUAUGCUGUUGACGCUCAAGCGCAAGGAACGAUCCCUCUGCUUGUUUAACCAAGAUUUCCUCAGAGAGCAGAUAAAACUGGCGAAAUCGGCGCUCGAGAUAUUCAAAGACGACGAUGAUGACGAUGAUGGGUCCACUGGCAAUGCGAGUCCACCUACGCCCAUCGUCGGGCAACCACCACUGCCCAUCACAAUCACUGCACCACCACCGCCGCUGCCGGCAACAACAACAACAACGCUGCGUAUUUCGCGCGCCAUCCCUAUCGUUGCCCCGUCACCAGCACAACCCAUGUCAAGCACAAACCUUGACAAACUGGCACGCCUUGCGCCAAACACAAUCGACAAAUUUCUCGCAUCCAUUGAAGGACUUCCGCUUACCCAACAAAAGGAAAAAUUGGGAGAUCAGCUCUUUCCUCAUGUCAAGGCAACGGGCGUCAGACAUGCACCAAAGAUCACCGUUCGUCUCCUGGAUACCAUACCGCUGGAUGAGUUGGCGCGUACAAUGCACGAUAAGGUGGCACUGAAAACAAGGGUGGAUGCUGCUGUGGCAUCGUUGCAGCAAUAAGCAGUGCUGGACUCGAGAGAUAUAAGACGACGAUAUACAAAAACAACAACAUCAUCCCCUUCACAAACAUAUCCCCCUCUCCCAUCUAUAUAUACUUUUGUACAAUUUGCAUACUUCAUCGAAUCCGUGCACACAUAAGCACAUAUAAAAAACCACAUUUUAUUUCGUUCAUUGGUGUGUUGACACUCACUAUCUUAACGUACUACUAUGAAAGAAACAAGCAGUGUAUUGCGCAAUAUCCUCAGGCAGUGUGAAUACAAUUGAGAAACCCACAUACAACAAUUCGGGUCUUCAAGAUUAGCUGUCAUCACAGGAUACAUGCGCGCAAAAACCACUCACUGAUCUUAUCUAAUCCCUUUACCCCUUGACUCACACCCUGAGAUGUAUUUUAUACCACGACGCACAAGAAUAAAAAAAAAAGAAACCUGAUAUCACUUGACGAAA